GUUUUCCCUCUCGGCCGAGGGCGGGUCGCUCCGUAUUGUUCAGUCAUGGCGGCAGCUGCCGAUGACAGGGAGAAGCGUCCUGGCGAGCCCGAGGCCCGGUCCCAGGCCCCAGGGUCGCCCCCGGGCGACAGGGCCAGCUUCGAAUGCAACAUAUGCCUGGACACGGCCAGGGAUGCGGUCAUCAGUAUGUGCGGACACCUCUUCUGCUGGCCCUGUCUCCACCAGUGGUUGGAGACGAGACCUGAUCGACAGGAGUGUCCCGUCUGCAAAGCGGGCAUCAGCGCGGAGAAAGUCAUCCCGUUGUACGGGCGCGGGGGCAACAGUCAAGAGGACCCCAGGCUGAAGACCCCACCCAGACCCCAGGGACAGAGGACGGAUCCCGGACAUAGAGGGGGCUUUGGUGACACUGGUUUCCACCUGUCGUUUGGGAUCGGAGCAUUUCCCUUUGGGUUCUUCACCACUGUCUUCAACUCCACCCACAACCCGCACAACGGAGAGCGUGGAUACGAUCACCCCGCCAGUGACUGGGACUCCUUCCUCGGGGCCAAUCGCGGAGCCGCCAGCAACAAUAACUGGGACUCCCUCUUCCUCUUUAUCGCUGUCUUCUUCUUCUUCUGGCUGCUCAGCGUCUGAGCUGCUUCCCCUGGGGUGGGGGUGCGCGGGGUAGACUGCUGGAUUACCCCGCUGUGGAUCAAUAAAGACUUGGCCUAUUCCUCA